GAAGAUCGACAAAGUCCUUGAGGAAGUAAAGCUGGUGUCUCCUGGGAAGCCGGUGUGGCUGGGAGAGACGAGCUCGGCGUAUGGAGGAGGAGCUGUGGGGCUGUCGGACACGUUCGCAGCAGGAUUCAUGUGGCUGGAUAAACUCGGCCUGUCAGCCAGACUUGGUCUGGAUGUUGUGAUGCGGCAGGUUUUUAUUGGUUCUGGGAGUUAUCACCUGGUUGACGACAACCUGAAUCCACUUCCUGAUUUUUGGUUGUCUGUUCUCUAUAAGAGACUCGUUGGAUUGGAGGUUUUGAGCGCUGAAGUAUUUUCCAGUUUGAAUCGGAGUAGACGAGUGAGGAUGUACCUGCACUGUGCCAGCAGAAACAGUUACAGAACUGGAGCGCUCACAUUGAUUUCUAUGAACCUGAGUAAGAAGCCGGCCCGGAUCUCCGUCCCUGCCCUCGUCUCCUCGAGCACAGUGGAGGCGUUUGUCCUCGAGUCGGACCAGCCGGGGGAGGACGGGCUGUACUCCAGGUCGGUGAAGCUGAACGGACAGCUGCUGAAGAUGGUGGACGAUAAAACCCUGCCUGACUUUGAAGGAAGUCGCCUGCCUCCAGCCGAACAUGUCACACUUCCUGCGUACUCGCUGGCGUUCUUCGUCUUCGCUGACGCUCGAGCUGCGGCCUGUGUGUGACCUCAUCGCCGCGUCACGUGACGUACGUCAGGAAAUAUGACACUGGGAUCAAAAUGACUUGAACUGUUUCUCUGGGACUUAUUUAUCAGAAACUGAGUGUGUGCUAAUAAAGUUUUUUAAACUCUCGUCCA